CACCCUACGGGGAAUUGGCUUGAUCAUGGAUGAUCUUGGGCUUGUCUGUUUGUGGAGGACAAUUAGGCAGUAAGAACACUAAGAGCUCCGCAGCAGCACACAGCGACCCAAAAGAGAAUGGAUACUGCACAGCAAAAUUCUCAGAGUUAUUUUCCCAGUGUAAAGCAAAAGUGUUAAAAUACAGAGUUAAAACUACACUGAAAACAGUUAGAUUAACUGUUAAGGAGUCAACUUUGUAAGAGAGUUAGUGUCAUUGGCCAGUGUUUGGGACUCAACUCCUACAGUGUUAUGAAACCACGCCUCUCCUAACGUGACCUCAUGGAUUUCAGCCACAUUUCAGCAAGGUGUAGAGACGCCAUCUUUCUUUUCGAUGGAAUCCUAGUAUAUGGUAAGUCACGCUCUGCUUUAUAGUUGUACAAAUAUGUCCAAAUAAUUGUUUCUCUUUCUUUUAACCUACAACUGAAGAUUGAAUAUUGUUAGUUAACUAGGAGUAUGUUAGCGAUGAUGCAGCUAACUGAACUAACUGAUAAAAUGUUAGCUAUCGCUAGCUAGCUAACAACAGGCUAGUUUUGGUUAAACGGAGUAAUAUAAGGCUGCAUUUUAGCGAAUUUGUGAGUAGUCGAUGGUCUUUGUCGGAUAAAAAGGUAUUGGAUCACUAAUAAUCCAGCCCUCUCGUGUAUUUGUAGUCAUAUGUGCCUUUCUCAACUUCGUUUUUUAUUCUGUAGCUGCUAGUGUCUGUGGCAGAUUCAGGAGUCUGAAGUUGCUAACGUUAAAUCUGAUUGACUAACGAAAUUCUUGUAGACAUGGGCAGUCAUUCCAAGACAAAUUAAUGAUCCAAUAGAAGGCAACAUUUUCGAAUUAGGUUUUUUUUAGUUCAUGCCUGCACUAAAAUGCCAACAGAUUGGCAUUCAGUUACGAUAGAAGAAGUAAGUCGACUGCAGUGGCAGUGGAAAGGGGAGGGAAAGGGAGAGAGGUUAUGUGUGUGCACGCGAGUGAAAGGGUGCAAAGCGAACCUUCUGAUUUUAUCGUCAUCGUCAAGUUUGCCGUAUAGAUAGAACUAUAACUUUAUAUGGCUAUUGACAAACCAUGAGUUAUGUUCUAUUUUGCAAGACAGCAUCAGCUCUGUUUUUUUUAAUAAAAUGUGCAGUGAUCUAAAUUUGAGAUCUAAAUUGUUCCUUGGAAUGCUCUGGUCAAUUUCUCCUGUAUUUUCUUAUGUUUGCAGUACUGGAUAAUUAUCUUGACAGUUAUCUUGGUCAUAAUUACCCUAAUAACAACUCUGUCAGUGUUGUGGAUUUUCUUGUGUCAUUCCUAGCUUGGCUUCUUUUCUAGAGAAUGCUUGUGAAAGUAAAGUACAGAGAAAAGCAGAAAUAUGUCAAGGUUACUAACAGUGAUGGGACCUGUGACUACCAGCAGUUCCACCAAGCAGUCGUAGAAAAAUUUGGACUGCCUCCUGACGCUGAGGUCAUUUACAAAGAUUCUUCUGGAACAGAAGUGGACCCGGACAUCUUUUCUGAACUGUUGGAGAAGGGGGAGGAUUUGUUCAAGGUGUAUGUGAAUGAUGAUUUCGAUUUAGAGGAUAUGUCAGUGUCUUCUGAAGCAUCAUACCCCUCAGAUGCCUCCACUGUUAUAUUGGAUGACAGUCCGUGUGAGACUCCAAACAAGAAAAUUAGAAGGGAUGACCAGAGUCAUAGAGAAGCAGUCAAAAAUAUGGUCAAUGAAGUUCUUCAAAGAAAGCCAGGGGGGGAGAAGAUUUUUCAAGAGUACACUAAAACAAAGUCACUGUCAGAUGGAACCAGGAGACAGCUUGUGAAUAUCUUGGUUGCUGACAUGGUGGAGGUGCAUGGACGGAUCCCUUCCCAAGCUGUUCGAGUGAAGUAUGCCCAAGGCAUUGUGGCCUUGUUCCCAUAUCUUGAGGACCCAUUGUCGAAGCAUGGAUAUGAACACUUUUAUGAUGCAGCAUCAGGCUCUGGGUACAUUGCAUGGCGUCUUAAGACUGUACAACGAAGCCUAUCUGAUGGCUCAAGGUCUCGGGUAGCAGUGGAACAAUGCAAUGGUGGUCCAAAGGCUGCAAGAGACUCGGUUUCUACCAUACAACAGUUGACUGAUCGAGAUUGCGAAGAGGCAAUAUCUAUGAUGAAUCAUUCUUCCGAUGAAGCACUGGUUAUGGAGAAAAUGAAGGCCACUUUUGAACACAGACAGAAACUUGUCCGUGAUCCUGACAAGUCAGUAGAUGUUCUGGACACCUUCCCAAGAUUUCUUGACAUACCUGGCCUUAUUGAGCAGGACUUUCUGAUGCUUUUUGGAGAGGAGGCAUCAGGGAAGUUCUUAGCCAGAUGGCCAACGUUUUUCAGACCACACAUCACUGAAGAUGCUAAGGGGCUAGUACCAACUCUACAUGUUGAGGAGCUCCUUAGCUCUGCACAAGGAAAUGAUGGUGGAUGGGACCGUGACAUUGCUUCACUGUGCUUGCUGCUGCAUCUCAUUCCUCCAACAUCUAAGGGCCACAAGAAGUCUGCGAAAAUCAGUGCCCUCCAAGCAGAGGACUACUUGGUGAGGUAUCUGCAGGUUGGUGCAAGCAUUCAAAUCUUCUUGACCAAUCUCGAACCGUCUCAGCCCUUUCUGCUCUGCAUUGGCGAACAGAAGAACAAGAUACAGAAGUUCUACAUCAUCGUGGAUAGCAAGGCAAUUCCAUGCAGAGCACAGACAUCAGUAGCAGCAUUUGACGAGCUGUUCAAAACACACUUUGUUUUUGGAACGUCAUAUAGUGAGGCCCUUGAUGGUUUUUACACUUUCAUACAAACAGCUGUGUACAACAUCGAUGUUGGUAUGGUCAGAGAAAAGCCAAGAGUGAGGGAACUUAGGGCCAGGUUUCUAAAUUUGAAGAAGUAAUAGUACAUAAGUUAUGUUUACUUGUUUUGUUUGCAAAAACGUACAUUCAAAUACAUAUUCAAUUUGCCGCCAUUUAAAGUUUCAUCAUGGCCUAUAUCCAGGAAAAUAUUUGCGUCUUAAUUGUGCAGAGGGUGGAUGCACAUCAGUGUUCGGAACUUACUCUGGCUUUAAAAAGCAUUUAGUUCAGAUUCAUGGAAAUAAAGUUUCUUUCAGUUCCUGUCAAAUAGAUGGUGGGAGAAACGAGAGUGAGGGUCUCUCUGAGUCGGACAGUGGAUGUGAUCGUCAUGAUGGAGUUCUGCACACCUUUGACAAUGAUCUAGCUGUAUGUAAUGAGGAUGAAAGUGGAAGUUUGAUAAAGCAGGGCUCUUCUGGGGGUGAGAUUAACUUGAAUGAUAUGUGUGGGUCUUUAGUUGCACAGUUUCAAGCUAAAAUGGUAGCUCAUAGCACUGUUCAGGCAGUAGUUGAGGCAGUUGAGGAAUUGGUUGAAGACAUACAAACAAAAACAAAGGAGACCAUUCUUAGUAAUAUUCCAUCAGAGCUUUGUGAGACAGUUGAGAGAUGUUUCCGUUCAAUUGAAAAUCCAUUGACAAAAUUCAAUACAGAAGCUAAAAGACAAAGAUACUAUACAGACAAGUGGAAAAUUGUGCAACCAGUAGAAUAUGUCCUAGGUGUUAGAUUUGAUGUUAGACGUGACAAAAAAACUGGGAUGUACAGUCAGGUUCCUGUUACUGAUAAGUGUAUAUAUGUCCCAGUCCUAAAAACGAUUCAGUCUAUGUUCAGUAACCAAGAAAUACUAAAGGCCUUUCAGCAGAUCAAAGAAAACAAAGAUUGCUUUUAUGAAGAUAUUUGUGAUGGUGAACAUGUGAAAAGUAACCGAUUAUUUGCUUUUGAGAAGAGUGCUUUACAGCUUCAGCUAUACUAUGACGAUUUCGAAACAGCUAAUCCCUUGGGGUCCAAAAAAGGGAUCCACAAACUUGGUUGCAUGUAUUUUAUUUUGAGAAAUCUUCCUCCUAAAUUUAACUCUGUAUUAAUGAACAUUCAACUACUUUUGCUUUUUCACACGGAUGACAUUAAAAAGUAUGGUUUUGAUGCUAUUCUGAAACCUUUAGUCGAUGAUUUGAAACGUCUGGAAACAGAUGGUGUACCUACCCCAGUAUCUGAUAGCCCAUUAAGAGGGAGUGUUGUGCAGAUCACUGGAGACAACCUUGCACUUCAUAGUAUACUGGGCUACGUUGAAUCAUUCAGUGCCACAUACUGCUGUCGUUUUUGUUUAGCCGAGAAGGAAGCUUUUCAGAGGAUCUUUUCUGAAGAUCAACCUGGCAUUGUGUUUCGUUCUAAAGAACUUCACUCUCAACACUGCAGCAGUUUAAGGGAAAAUCCACAGUUAUUGUCAAGUUUUGGUCUGAAGAGAGAUUGUUUGUUUAAUAGACUUACCUAUUACCAUUCUUGUGAGAACUUUGCUGUGGACAUCAUGCAUGAUGUCCUAGAGGGUGUGGCCCAGUAUGAACUAAAACUUGUUUAUCAGCAUUUGGUUGAUACCAAAACAAUUACGCUAACUGAUUUGUGUGAACGGAUUCAUGCUUUCAAUUAUGGAUACCUGGAAAGAAAAAAUCGACCAACUGCUUUGAAAAUGGAUGAUAGCAAAGAUCUUGGUCUAAAUGCAUGUCAAGCAUGGUGUUUAUUGCGCAACACACCUCUCAUAUUUGGAGAUCUCUUUGAAAGUACAAGUUCUGUAUGGCACUUAUUUUUACUUCUGUUACAAAUUGUAUAUAUUGUGUUCUCCCCUCGUGUAACUGAAGGCAUGGCUUGUUUUCUAAAGCAUUUAAUUUCAGAGCACCAUAGCCUUUUCAAGACUGUAUUCCCAAGCAAACGACUCAUACCCAAGCACCAUUUUUUAGUUCACUAUCCCCGUUGUAUUAGAAAAAUAGGCCCCCUCCUUCAUGUUUGGUGUAUGAGGUUCGAGGCUAAGCAUAAUUUUUUCAAACGCUCCGUUAAGAACUUCAAAAAUGUAACCAAAACUAUGGUGAAGGCACAUCAGUCACAGAUGGCCUUUUACUGGGAAACAUUUAAUUUUGAAAGAUUUGAGCAUGGACCAAUACAUAUUGAAGUGGUUUCUAAUUUGGAGGGAUAUGAAGUUAUAUGUCAGUGUCUUAAUAUCAGCUCACAAUAUGAUGCCCAUACAACUAGCUGGGUAAAAUAUUUUGGAAGUGAGUAUCAUUUGAGUUUAUUUGUGUGCUGUGGCGUUCAGUCUGAUAUGCCUGUGUUCAAAAAAAUUGUCAAUAUCAUUUUGAAAGAUAACUGUGCUUAUCUUGUUCUUUGUGAAGUUGUGACUUUGGGGUUUCAUGACCAUUUCAGUGCAUUUUGUAUAGAAGAGAGACCUGGACCGUUUCAUAUUGUAAGCAUUGAUGACUUAUUUUACCACAAAGCUUUUGACAAGCAAUUGUCUUACAAUUCUGAUGAAAACAUUUACUUGGUCCCCCAUUGCCACCUGUGCUAAUGUAAUGUUUUGUACUGGUAUUCGAUUUUGCAAUAAAAUCUCUGCAAGA